UUAACGAAACUAGGGGUUCCAAUUGCUCGAAACGGAGGAACAAAGUAACGGAGGAAGAUGACUGCUCCCUUGAUGUUGCAGGAGGAAUUCGACAACCUACCAGGGAUAGAAAAUGUAGGUGGUAAUUCUGCCAAUAUUGGGAGGAAGAGGGAAAAUGUAGAAAGAACGGCAGGACGUGGAGAGCCAGAAUCAUCGACAAAAACUAUGGAAACUGUGGUUAAAUUGGAGAAUUUGGAGCAUUGUAAGAGCAAGCGUUUUGAAUUGUCCGUGGAGCUUGAGAAGAGCAAACCGGAGUGCACUAAAUUCAAGGUUAAAUUGGUGGAGGUAGAGGAAACUAGAAAGACUGCUGCUAAAGUUGAACCAGAGGAAUGGAACAAGUGUUCCGAUUUGGAGAGUCGAACUCUGAGGGUGGAAAAUGAAAAUUCAACAAAGAGAUGUGUCAUCUCGAAUUUGGAAAGCUUAGUCCAGAGGAAUGGAAAGGAAAGUUCAACAUUAAGAUGCGUAGAAUUGCGUAAUUUUGAAAAGAUAGAGUCAGAAGCUUGGGGUUUGCAGAAUGAAGUUACCCAAGCUGGUGAAAAUCACAACACGAGCAAACCUAAUGCUGAAACCAGCAGUGGAGGGAGGAAGGAUUCUCAUGUGUUUGAGUUGAAAACCGAAGAGAAUGUGCUGAAUGCGCAUGGCAUCAAUAAACAUCAUGAAUCAGAGUCUGAGUUUCACAACUACUCUGCUGUGAAAAUCCAUUCUGGAAGUCUGCAUUUAUCAAGUUUAGGUGAGAAGGUUGAAGAAGGGGAGGGUUGGGGCUGUUCGGAGGAGAGACCAUCUCAACAUGGAUUAUCAUCUCAAGAUCAUCUACAAAUGAGUACGAAGGCCUUUGUGAACUUGGUCUCAGAUGACAGUGGUGAAUGUCUUGACGAAUAUGAAGAUUCUGAUAGUUCAGGUUCUCUUGGGACCCUUAUGGACAUGAUGGCGACGAAAUAUUGGAAUAGGAAGGAAGGCAAAGAAAUGAAAUGGAAGUUUGAGGCUGAUAUGCUUUCCUCAUUUGAAGAGGAACCUGAGCUAUGUAUGAAAGCUGUAUGUGCUCUCUAUCAACAGCAUAUAUCCAAAGACGAAAUGUCAGCUGAUGGGUUGUUCCAUUACAGUGAUGCGCUCAGGGCUACCACUUUGGCCAAAUUUCUAAUGGAUGGGGCCUGUGGAGGUGACCUUAAGAAGUCUCUGAAAGAGUUGGAGAAAUUUGAUUCUAAAGGGGUGGAAGACUGCAAGAAGCUGGCUACAAGCUACUCGAAGCAGUUAUUCAGAAUCUACCAAAACAGAAAAGAUCCUAAUUUCCUUCUAGCUACAACUGACAGCCAUGAGGAUCAAACUGCUAAGUGAUAGAUUCUUGUGUCAUUCUUGUGUUGCAACCUAAAGAAAAGUAAGCCGCCAUAGGCCUUUAGCCUUCUCCUCAUUUACCCAUAGUGCUGAUUUUGCUUCCAAGUCCACAAUUUGAAGCUGCUCAGCUCUUUUAAGUCGUUUGGGAAAGUUCCCUUCAAAUCCCAAGGGAAUCGUCCAAUGAGACUUUUACUUCUUCAGUCCAACGAAAUCCAUGGAGUGAAGGUUUUGCUGCAUACUUACCAGGAUGACCAGCAGCGCGGGACUUGAGUGGUUUUGUAGACUUAUUCUGGGACAGAAUCACAGUAGGUACGGUGGUCAAAAUAGAGGACGAACAUGAUGAUUGUCUAUUAUACCUGGGUCGGUAUGAGGCAGGCAAGAUUCUUGCAUUUUGUUAACUGCAUUGCUGCUGCAGUUGUAGAGUUUUAAGGUAGCCUCUUGGAUGGAGCUCAAUUUUUUUUAUGCUGGGAGCAUGUGAAAAAGGACAUUGUAGGUGACUUGAGAAUCCUUUUGAAUGAGUUAGCACAGGAUGUAGUCACCACAUAGGCCAAUUAUAUUGAUGGACUCAAAUAGUAAGGAAAAAACCCCUAACUGAAUUACCCCUUUAACAACAAGCAAGCACUUGCAAAUUGUAUGUGUGAUAUCUGGCAAUAUGAAAGUGCCACCGGAGAGUCCGGUCCGAUUCAGGUGCCUAUGCAGAACAACUUCAUCUCAAUGUGGCAUGAAAGUGCCAUUGGUUGUGUGCAAAAUCUUGUUUAUUACAGCAGUAGAAAGAAAUAUUUUUACAGCUCCUCAGUAAUAAAAAAUGCUCCUUGUAUGAAAACGAGGCAAAGAGGUAAGGGUUAUAAUAGACAAAAGCCCUUCAUUUCUAGGGCAAAAUCAGGACUUCUUGUGGGGAAAAUGGAGACUCAUGAGGCAGCUGCUGGUGGUGAUGGCGAUGAACAGCAGAUUUGCAGAAGAAACAGUGUGAAAUAUGGGAAAUGCAAGAACGUUAGUGGUGAUAAUCCUUACAGAUUUUGUGAUUUUCAUUACAUAAUUCUUACUGAUUUUUUGACAAACGGUACUUCUUUCAUCAAUUCAAAAUCAAUUAAACAUCCAACCAAGAAGUAUAAGACGAAGAAGGAGAUGGAGAUGCAGAAGAAGAAAAUGGAGAUGGAUAAGAAGAGGAAGAAUAAGAUGGAGAUGGAGAAGAAGAAAAUGGAGAGGGAGAUGAAGAAGAAGGAUAGGGAGACGAAGGAGAAGGAGAUGGAGAAGAAGAAUCUGCCUCCAGAUGAACAGCGUUGUCGUCACACAAGUGGCAAGGCAUGUAGAUGCAAGAAUUUUAGGAUGGGUCAUGGUGAUGAUGAUGAUGAUGAUAGUGUUCCUAAGAGGAGACACUGUGGAAAACAUUACAAUUAUUAUUUUAAUUAUAGGAGGAAUCAUAAAAGGAGAAGUGGAGAUGGUUCAGGUUCUAGAGCUGCUACUGGUCCUAUACAAGAAACUAGGGUCUCAAAAAGGAGGAAGAAGGUACCGGAGGAGGAGGAAGAUGACUGCUCCUUGAAAUUCAACCACCUACUAGCGAUACAAUUGUAGGUGGUGGUUCUCCCAAUAUUGGGUCUGGAGAAGUAGAAUCAUUGACAGGAAUUAGGGAAACUGUGGUUAAAUUGAAGAGUUUGGAGCAUAAUAAGAGCAAACCGGAGUGCACUAAACUCAAGGUUAAAUUGGUGGAGGUAGAAGAAACUAGAAAGACUGCUGCUAAAGUUGAACCAGAGGAAUGGAACAAGUGUUCUGAUUUGGAGAGUCUGAAUUCUGAGGGUGGAAAAUGAAAAUUCAACAAAGAGAUGUGUCAUCUCGAAUUUGGAAAGCUUAGUCCAGAGGAAUGGAAAGGAAAGUUCAACAUUACGAUGCGUCAGAAGUUUGGGGUUGGCAGAAAGAAGUUACCCAAAGUGGUGAAAAGCACAACACGAGCAAACCUAAUGCUGAAACCAGCAUUGGAGGGAGGAAGAUUCUCAUGUGUUUGAAUUGAAAACCAAAGAGAAUGUGCUGAAUGUGCAGGGAAUUGGCAUCAAUAAACAUAAGGAAUCAGAGUUUGAAUUUCACAAUCACUCUGCUGUGAACAUUGCUUCCGGAAGUCUACAUUUAUCAAGUGCGGGUAUAAAGGCUGAACAAGGGGAGGGUAGGGGCUGUUCGGAGGAGAGACCAUCUCAACAUGAAUCAUCAUCUCGAGAUCAUCUGGAAAUGUGUACAAGGAUUUUGUGAACUUGGUCUCAGAUGACAGUGAUGAAUGUCUUGACGAAUCUGAAGAUUCCAAAAGUUCAGGUUUUCUUGGGACCCUAGUGGACAUGAUGGCAAUGAAAUAUAGGAAUAGGAACGAAGACAAUGAAAUGAAAUGGAAGUUUGAAGCUGAUAUGCUUUCUUCACUUGAAGAGGAACCUGAUCUCUGUAUGAAAGCUGUAUGUGUUCUCUAUCGACAGCAUAUAUCCCAAGACAAAAUAUCAAACAAUGGGUUGUUCCAUUACAGCGACGUGCACAGGGGAACUACUUUGGCCAAGUUUCUAACUGAUGGGGCCUGCGAAGGUGAGCUAAAGAAGUCUGUGAAAGAGUUGGAGAUAUUUGAUUCCCAAGGGGUUAAAGACUGCAAGAGGCUGGCCACAAGCUACUCAAAGCAGUUAUUCAGUAUCUACCAAAGCAGAAAAGAUCCUUAUUUCCUUCCUGCUACAACUGCCAGCCAUGGAGAUCAAAUCGCUAAGUGAUAGAUUGUUGUGUAAGUGGCCUUCACAUUUUGCACUAGGCAUUGCAAUCUUGCAUCUCCUUUUAACCUCCUCGCAUGCUGUACAUAUAUGAAAGUGAAAACUGGUUGAUGUACCAAAUGGCACAUUGGAUGUGUAUCGACUCUCCAAUGUAAUAAGCGAUAAUCUAGGAAGUGAUAUUUUGGUAGUUACUCAGAUAACGAAAUGUGUAAAAUCCAGUUACUGAGAUUAAAGGAUUGCCCCAUUUUAUUUUA